UUUUCCUCUUCCUCUCCAUAUACUCUCUCUUUCUUUCUCUUUCCUUUCAUUUUCAUCAAUCAAAUUAAUUAACCAUUCAUAUUUUGUUCCUUCCCCCUCUUCCAUUUUCUUUCUAGAUUUUGAGAGUGUUUGUGUUUUCUACUUCAAUUAAUCCACUGAACAAGAAAAAAAAGGUGUAGUUUAGUUUGUUCCCUAAAAAUGCCUUCCUUUGUUGGUGGAACUCAAACUCUAACUCAUCAACCUAAAGAUUCAUCCUCUCUUGACCUCCCUUCUUUGGUCUCUUCUUCUUCUCUUCCUCUUACUCUCAAGUUUGUAGACGUGAGUUAUCGAGUAAAGAUGACGGAUAAGAAUAGUGGAAAUGCCAUCGGACGAAUUUUCGGUUGUGGCUCGUCCGAUGGGGCGCCACCGCCCGUUCAAGAGCGGAGUAUUCUACAAGGGGUUACUGGCAUGGUGUCUCCAGGAGAGAUUCUAGCCAUUCUUGGUCCGUCAGGAAGUGGCAAGUCAACUCUUCUCAAUGCACUUGCAGGAAGAUUGCAGGGUAAUGGUCUGGCUGGAUCAGUACUGGCCAACGGUCGAAAGUUGACUAAAUCCAUACUCCGACGGACUGGGUUUGUGACACAGGACGACGUCCUCUACCCGCACUUAACCGUCCGAGAGACACUCAUAUUCUGCUCUCUUCUCCGACUGCCUCUAACCCUUUCAAAGCAAGAAAAAAUCGCGGUCGCCGAGUCGGUGAUCGCCGAGCUCGGGCUAACGAAAUGCCAAGACACGAUCAUCGGUAACGCCUUCAUUCGUGGCGUCUCUGGCGGAGAACGAAAAAGGGUCAGCAUAGCACAUGAGAUGCUCAUAAACCCAAGCCUACUAAUCUUGGAUGAGCCGACGUCGGGGCUCGACUCGACCGCGGCGCAUCGGCUCGUGACGACCAUGGCUGCCCUGGCUCACAAGGGCAAGACCAUAGUCACUUCAAUUCACCAACCUUCGAGUCGGGUGUACCAAACCUUUGACUCGGUGUUGCUGUUGUCGGAAGGAAGAUGUUUGUAUUAUGGGAAAGGAAGUGAAGCAAUGAGCUACUUUGAGUCUAUUGGUUUCACACCGUCUUUUCCUAUGAAUCCCGCUGAUUUUCUCCUCGAUCUCGCCAAUGGUGUUUACCAAAUUGACAAUACAAGUGAAAUGGAGAAACCCAACAUGAAGCAAACCCUAAUUACUUCUUACAACACUCUUUUGGCUCCAAGAGUAAAGGCAGCUUGCAUGGAAACAUCAAUGUUGCUCGAAACAAUGACACGUGAAAGGAAAUCGUCAACCAAUACUUGCAAAGCUAGUGUUGUGUCGUGGUGCAACCAAUUGAGUAUCUUGCUCCAGAGAAAUCUCAAAGAACGAAAACACGAAACCUUCAAUGCUCUAAGAGUGUUCCAAGUUAUCACCGCAGCGAUGCUCGCUGGAUUGAUGUGGUGGCACUCAGAUUUUCGAGAUAUUCAAGAUCGCCUUGGCCUUCUCUUCUUCAUUUCCAUUUUUUGGGGCGUUUUCCCUUCGUUUAACGCAGUCUUUGCAUUCCCCCAAGAGCGAGCAAUCUUCCUUAAGGAACGAGCUUCUGGUAUGUAUACGCUAUCGUCUUAUUUCAUGGCUCGAGUCAUCGGAGACCUUCCCAUGGAGCUCAUCCUUCCAACAAUCUUCCUCACGGUGGCAUAUUGGAUGGCUGAGCUAAAACCGGAGCUUAGUGCCUUUCUCUUGACAUUGUUGGUCCUUCUUGGCUACGUGCUUGUAUCGCAAGGUCUCGGCCUCGCUUUAGGCGCAAUGAUCAUGGACGCAAAACAAGCUUCCACCAUAGUAACUGUGACAAUGUUGGCAUUUGUCUUAACGGGAGGAUUUUACGUACACAAAGUACCAACCUGCAUGGCUUGGAUCAAAUACAUCUCAACCACAUAUUACAGUUAUAGGCUCUUCAUCAACGUGCAAUACGGCACCGGAGACAAGAUAUGGUCGUUGCUCGGUUGCUCACGACACGGAACCGACAAAGCAAGCUGCAAAUUUGUGGAAGAAGAUGUGGCAGGGCAGAUAAGCCCUGCAUUGAGCAUUGGAGCUUUGUUAUUUAUGUUUGUGGGUUAUAGGUUAUUGGCAUAUUUGGCUUUGAGACGCAUCAAAUAGAAGAAAACAAAAGCCCUAAAAGAAGGAGAAAAUGCAGAAGGAAAAGCUUGCAUUGCAUGCAUGUUUGACAAAGUUUGGGAGGAUUUUCCACUAACCAUUUGGUUCUCCAAACCACACUAAUGAUGAUUUGGGUAAAUGUAAAUAGCCAAGAUGAAGUUUAUGAAUGUUUUUUCUUUUAAAUGUUACUAGCAAUAUAUGCAAUAUGAGAAUCCCAACUCUCUCUUUUGGUACAUCUAUCAAUAGAAUGAAUAAAUGAUUUCUUUCCUA